GGAGAAUUUUUUUUGUGAAUGGAGCUCCACAUCCUUUUGGCGCGUGCGCGUGUGCGCGCUGGCAGCUCGACUGGCUGAGCUAAAAUUAGCCUCGUGCCGGAUUUUUCUGUCUGCGUGCGGCAGCAGCGUAUGUGGAUCAGAAUCCGAAUUAACGAGGUUCUAAAUGCAAACGCGGGCGCACACGCACACGCACACACUCACGCAUGUCUGGGCACGCGCUCAUACACGCCACCGGUGAAUAGGACAGCAGCUACCACCGCGCCGUGCCCCAGGACGUCAUGCACCAUUUUUAGAGAUGCUCUAAAAAUAGAAUUUGUAGAUGAUGGUUUUGAUUGUGAGGAAAUUGAUGAUCUUCUUCUGUAUCCCGCAUCUUUUAGCUAUGAUUCUCUCCCUGGCCGCAGUAGCAGCCAUGAGUAGCGGCAGCAGUAGCAGCCUCAACUCCUCCUCCCCCCUCGACCCCUUCGACUCCUCCACCUCCUGGAGCCUAGCCGAGGACCCCUCCAACUCCUCCUCUGAACCCGUUGUGCGAACUCUGACCCCUGACCUCCAGCCAGCAACCACCGCUGUUGCUGUCCAGGAAGUCAGCCCCUGGGAUAUCGCGCUUUGCGUGACCGGGACGCUCAUCUCCUGCGAGAACGCUCUGGUGAUCGCCGUGCUGUUCUACACACCGACGCUCCGCGCUCCGAUGUUCAUCUUGAUUGGAUCGUUGGCGGUGGCAGAUCUCCUGGCCGGCCUGGGCCUCAUCUUGAACUUUGUCUUCACCUAUUUGGUUGACAGCUCUGUGGAGUUUGUGACGCUGCUGUCUGUCGGACUGCUCAUCUCGGCCUUCUCAGCGUCUGUCCUGAACAUUCUCGCCAUCACAGUGGACCGUUACCUGUCGCUGUACAAUGCCCUGACCUACCACACCGAACGGACAGUCACCUUCACCUACGUGAUGGUGGUCUUCAUCUGGGUGUCGUGCCUCGUGCUCGGCUUGCUGCCGGCGCUUGGCUGGAACUGUCUGAGGGACGAGUCCACGUGCAGCAUCUGCCGGCCCGUCACCAAAAUCAACGCUGUGGCGCUCGCUGUCACCUUCCUGCUUGUCUUCGCCCUGAUGAUGCAGCUCUACCUGCAAAUCUGCAAGAUCGCCUUCCGCCACGCGCAGCAGAUUGCCGUGCAGCACCAGUUUGUGGCCAUCUCCACCACCAAAGGUGUCUCCACACUGUCGGCCAUCCUGUGUGCCUUCGGAGCAUGCUGGCUGCCGUUUGCCAUGUACUCCAUUGUGGCCGACUCCAGCUACCCCGUAAUAUACACCUACGCCACUGUCCUCCCAGCCACCUGCUGUUCUGUGAUCAACCCCAUCAUCUAUGCGUUCCGAAAUCCGGACAUCCAGAAGUCGCUGUGGUUGGCCUGUUGCGGGUGCGUCCCGUCCAACCUCUCCCUCAGACCCAGGACCUCCAGUGAUGUGUAGCAGGGAAGGUUGGUUUCUGUCUGGCAUGACGCUUGACGCCGAGUCAGGAGGGAGAGGACGAAACGGGGAACAAGAGAUCGAGAGGAGAAAGGUUGAAGGUUACGGCUGAGGAAAGAGAUUUCCUCUACUCUUCAUAUCAGGGCUGGUAGGCUGAUGGCGAACGCACGGCUGGCCGCAGUAAAAGGUCACUUUCACUGGCACAGGGAGAAGGGAGGACAGUGCAUGGUCAAAAAAAAGAUAGAGCUAAUAAAGAUGUCCUGUCUGUUGCUUGGAGAAAACCAACAGGGUGAUGGAGGUGGCGUGAAACCAACUGCAAAAACCUGAUUAAGGUAUCUUCAUGGUGGUUGUGGGAGAGGCAGGGAGUGCGUCAGGGGACUUUUUCAACUGACCUCCUUUAGGGUGCAGUAAGUCAGGCCUGCUUCUCAAGAGUAGCAUAUAUGUGGCGGUGGGAUUUAGGAAGAAAUAUCCUAAAUCUCCAUAGGACCUGAGUUCAGGCAGCACUGCAUGGUUAUGCAAUCAGAAGGAAUGAAACAGUCUUAAAAUACUGUAUGUGUUUUCACUGAUGUGUUUGAAAUUAAGUGGCGUGUGGAUAAAAAUACAAUGAGCUAAAUAUACACAAUGAAUGACCUUGAGUAUUCUCAAUGAGCUAUCUUUGCAGUCUUCUCCUGAUGGAAAAACAAGAAUAUUUCCUCCCUUGAAACAUAUUUUAACAACGAUGUUCCCUUGAUCUGAUGUAGAUUAAGUAAUUAAUGAGUCUGUAGACAGAGAGUGCAACAAUAAUGAACUGUUAUGUGCUGAGAUUGAAAUUAGCUGGUUUUUAUGAUCAUUAACAUUCUAGCAAGCCCAUUUUGACUUUUCCCAAUGCCAACAGCACAAUCUGCAUUUUGUCAAACACAAAAACACAUUGCAAUGCAUGAAGUUGGCGAGAAAUGUGUCACAAUUCAGAGAAAAACAACUCCUAAUCACAUAACAUCCCUCCUCAAACAUCCAAAUCCAAAAUGAAAUCUAAUCUACCAGGCUCCUAAUGCAUAGAUAACCCCGUAUGUUUGCAAAACCUAGAGAGGGAUUUCCAUGUUUAGGCCGGUACGUGUUGCCUUUAGCGUAAUCAAAUCAAAUCUGCUCCCUGUCGGAGAAAAACGGGCUCCUCAGCCAGCCGCUGCGCUGUGACUGUGAAGCAGACGGAGCUGGAUUCAGCACCAAGGACAGCGCCACUGCAGAGCACUGCUACCCUGGGAAUGCUCUCUGCUGCGGGGGGGAGAGCGCUGUAAAGUAGGCUAUGCUGUUCUCUACACCAUCUUGAUAGGGAAUGCGAGACAGACUUUAAAGGGCCAUUCCAGCUUGAUUGGAGUUUGUUUUGCUUAUUUGCAACAUUUUACUGAUUAUGUUGAUAUAUAAAUAUAAUGCCGACAGCAUUACGUUUCAGUGUUAAUUGGCUGUUUUUCAUGCAUACGUGAUGGUUAAAGGUAUUUUAAAAUCCUUUUCCUUUGAUUCAGUCCUGAAAAGACAAACAAAACAACAUUAAUGAUAUGUCUAAUCUGGCCAGUAAAGGUAGCUCAUCACUGUGACUCAGAGAGCAGCUUUUAUUUUUGAAAAGCUGCACAUUUUGAAAUUCCAGUUUCUGCUUGUAAGCAAGACCACCAGGAGCAAAGAGUAGCUAAUGUCAAACAAAACUCAAUCACGUAUUUGUCAAAAAACAUAAAAUGCUUUCACCAGCAUAUGUGAAAUUAAAUGGUAAGGCUUCAUUUUCCAUGUUCAUGGCUUUAAUUUGCUGAAUUAUUCUGGGAGUGACUAAUCUUUUCACCUGUGUUUAAAAAGCAAGGAACUACAGAAAAUGACUCCAAUCAUGCUCAAAUUGUCCUUAAAUAUCCACUUGAGCUACCUAUAUUGCGACUAUGACCCUGUCCUUUACAUCCUCCAUCGUUUUCUCGCCUCUCUUGUUUCUCAGCAGCAGAAAUUAUGCAUGAGAAGAGCAAUGUAUGGCCCCAUGAGUGCCAGUAAAACAAGCCUUCUGGCAAGGUGAAAGCAGCUGAUGUUUUUUAGAGGCAAUGGGGACCUCGAUGUUUAUCUGCAUCCACAUAACGCCGUUUAGACCAUCACUUAGACCCGCUCUAAAUUUAGAGACAGCAUUCUACCACCAUUGCCCGAUUGAUUAUCCAUUAGCUAGAGCUGAGCACAAUCCAUAUUGAAUAGGUCAUUUUUCAUCUAGACGGCUUUGGCUGGCUAUAGUACAUCCAAGUUGUGCUUGGAUAUUGCCAUAGUUCUGCAAAAAAACUAUAACUCUAAAAAAAACCAGACUGGAUGGUUUUUGCAUUAUUGCUAUGGCAUAAAAAACAUUUUCCAUGCUUAUACUUCCCAUGGUAGUGGACAUAGUCCCAUGGUCAGGAAUAAAGCAUAUAUUCAGGGGAAAUGGCAAAAGCCUAUAUGAAGAAGAUGCACACAAAAAUCUAUAAUAAAGCUGUAAAACACGAGCAUCGUAUGGUCUAAAUUCCUCUGGCCUGUUCUCUAUGCCUUCCAUUUUCACUUACCUGCUUGCAGCUUGUCAGCAGUAGCUGGAUAUUCGCUGCACUCACGCACCCACGCACACACACACACACACACGCACACACGCCCCGCCUCGAAGAAGCAGCGCAGCUCUGCCCCGGGGCCCCUCUAAAGGCUGGGCGGGUUAAUGAGAAGCGAGAGAGGCGAGGUGACGUGGCGUGAAAUAGAAACGCCAGGCGAGACGCGCUUUAACGUAACCUCAGGUCACGUCCACACACACCCAGUCAGGAUGAAGUUAUUUCCCACUGAAAGGGCAUCAUGUAAGUUAAAUCCAGCUAAUGUUAAUAAUAUCCUGGCAAUAAUGGUGCUGGGAAUUAACCUAAUGUACGGAGGAAGUAGUGAACACUGUGAGGAUGAGCUGGAGAGGAGAUUUAUUACCAACCUCUAUCUGCAUUUAAAUGAUCUACGGAGAUAGUUUUCACUCAUGUUCCUCUGCACAACCUCAGAGAGGGGUAUCAUGACUAAGCUAUUGGCACGCUGCUAAUAUACUUGUGUGGGAGGUGUACUGGCUUUGGGAAAAUAGUUGAUGGAAACUCUAUGGGCUGUAAAAAACCACAAAACUAAGACACUCAGCUCAAUAGUAGAAAAAAAUACAGGUUGUUUCUGUAACGACAGGGAGUCACUUCCAAAUUCAACGCUUUCUACCAAAUAAACCACAAUGAAAGAUGACAGCAGAGAACACAUAUACACUCAGAAACUUGACAGAAAAUGGCGCUCAGGAGACGCAGGUAUUAAGAUCAUCAUUUUUUUUCUAAAGUGUAAAUUGAAACUUAGAAUACAAGUGUUUUCUAUUUUUCUUGGCAGCAGCAAACAAUCAGUUGUUUUUGCAGCAGUUGUUAGCAGAACAACAGCUACACUACUCUGUCAAUGAUUUUGUUUGAAAAGGCAGAAUCUUGUGAAAUCUCUUGUGUCUUCUGUUUUGUUGUUUUUUUGGCCUUAUUGGAACAAAAACUCCUUUGCAAUAAUGUCCAACUGUAUUUUGCUGUGUACAAAAAGCCACAAUGGAGAAAAAGAGAGAACGAUAGACAGAGGUGGUGAGCUCUUAAUGAUUUGCAGAAACUCAAACUAAAUAUUUAAAAGCAACAAAUAGCACAUUGUACUGAAUGUGAAAGAAAUAUGGCCUGGCUCGCUGGGGUAUUCCAAAACAAAUUUCAGCAGUAGUGAAUUAUGGAAGUAGGACAAACCUAAAUAUGAAGCAAAUGCUUUAUUUCCAUUUAUAGAUGGUGUAUUGCAGACAGAGAGCUUGCAAUAUUAUUAAAUGUUUUUUCUCUCUAAACUUAGCUUUAUUUUCAUGUUCGCAGUCAUUUCAUAAGUGUUAGACGCCUCAUUUUAUAAUAUGAGAGUGGCAAAACAAUGUUUAUCUGAAGGUUAAGGGGUCACAGCUGUUAAACAAGUUGACCACCUUCCUCUCUCGCUCUCUCUUUUUGCUCAGUCACUGCAUUGAUGGAACUGCCUAAUGGUAAAAGACUUGCAUCAAUUAUUAAGUGAAAUACUUUCAAUUACUCUGAGGCUGGAAGCAUGAGAUGGAUGGAGUUUGGUACUUUUGGCAAGCUUGGUGAACUGCAGCACUGUGGGGGGUGACUCAAAACGAAUCGACCCCAGAGAGUUUAUUAAAUCCAUUUCACAUAGGAAUCUGAUGCAGCUCCUAUUGGCACUCAGUUCUCCUGUAUGCACAAUGAUGUGAGAGACUUGCUUAGUUGCCUGUUUGGAGAUGCUAGAUGGGACUCAGAACGAUUACAUUUUAUGUCACAUCCGGUAGUUUCUCAUAGACGACGAUUGUUGCAGCCUAUAUAGCCUACAAUCUGCACUAGCUUGGCUAAUGCUAACAUACCGGAUGUAGCUUUCAAGCUGUCCCUCUGUUUUACCUCCCUAUUAAAAAUGAAUCAAACUCAAGAUUAAAUUAGGAUCAUGAACCAGACUUGGAUUAAACAGAAAUUAAUUUUCAUGGUUUGUUUUAGCCUCUGUUUGUGACAGAUGGGUGUGUUUUACAGCAUAUCACACGGACAAAUGUCAAAAAGUUUAGUCACGGGAAGUCAGUUUGAAACCGUCUUGGCUCCAGUUAAAGCCCAGUCUAACAAACUUUUAAAAAUGGUGAGAUUUCCCAGCGACAUCAAUUUCUUUCAAUGGGAUAUAGCGUGAUCAGUGGAUUCACUCAUGGGGGCAAAGUAAAUCACUGCAAUUUUUUUGCGUCAAGAUAAAUGUUAGCACAUGAAUUUGUGCCAUUGCCCAAUAGCAAGCUGACUUGACAGUGCUGACAGAAAGCCUGAGAGUCUGAAAGGGAGCAAGUAUUACAUCUUAUAAGCUGUGCUGCACCAUUCACUUUUAUAUAACCUUCCUCUGUCGGAGUAUAAACUGACAGUUAGCAAGCUUGCUAGAGUUUUUUCCACCUCUUUAAUAACUCGUUAUUGAAUGAAAUGAUGUACAAUCCAGAGAACAAAAUGUCAGGCAGAGAAAACGGCACAGUACAGAGAAAAUAAAAAGAAGCUCAGGGAGUUAUUGUGACCGACUGGUGCUAGCAUGUUGCCGGCUGGCUAGCGUGUUAGCAGUUAGCUCGCCAGGUACAGUAGUUUACAACUAGCCCUGCGAGUAGCCACUACGUCACCAAGCUUCUAGAACAACAUACCUAUGAAUAUUUUGCCGUAAUGCUUUCUGGUGUGAACUAGAAAGGAACAUUUCAUGACCUCUCGUCUCCAUUUUAAAACCUGCUGUGCUUGAAACUUGAAAACUACAUGGCUUUUUUCCAGGGUAAAACACACACUAUUUGAUCCAAGUCUGGAGGGAAUCAUGAGCCCCAAAGUAAAACCACAAAUCAGCCGUUUCAUGAGUGUGCUGACUGAAAUGUUAAAUCCUGCAUCGCUCAGCUGGAACCUGAGUGACCGAACAGCUGAUAUGAAGUCAGUAUUAACUCUAGCAGCAUCACACAGCUGUAUUUUAAACAUUGUCUCUGACGGUCCCAUCUGGCAUGUCCAUCUAGUGAUGGUUUAACAAUUAAUAACGCUCAUCUGUGAAUAUGCCACUACUCAGUCAACCAUUCCUGGGGCAGGAGUGGAGCGACCACUCACUGUGUGUAUGUGCGAGUGUGUGUAAAUGGGUGUGCACUGUGCUUGUGUGUGUGUGUGUUCUCCCCCCCGGGAUCAUAGCCAAUUGUAAUGAACCAUAACUCAACCAACUCUCACUGUAAACACACGCAGAAUGGUUAUGUCUGUCACUAUACACGACUAUAAUUCAAGUUUAAAAAAAAAAAAAGAAAUACUGUACAAGUGAGUGUGUGUUAUUUUUAUUAUGCAAUGCUGUACAGAAAUGUAUAUUUUUGUAAUGUUCAUCAGGGCAUGAGUCGCUGCUGUGAGCAUGAGUUUGUUGUGAGUGUGUGCGUAUGCGUGUGUGUGUUUCUUCCUCUUCUUCUGUGUUCUUCCUAUAAACAAAUGUCAAAAGUUUCUUUGGGGAAAAAAAAAGUUGUGUGUCGGAUAUGCUGAAAAAGUGCCAUAUUUUUCGACUUUCUAGUGUCUUAUUUUGAUUUGUGUACAUACACGUUUAUCAGAAGGUGAUUCUCACUGUGGAAUCUGAAGUCGUCAGAGUCCGUAAAUCUGUAAACAACAACAACAAAAAUGCUCAACAUGGUCAAAACCAGCAGCCAUGAGGAGCAGGGUAAAGAAAGAAAAAAAAGAUUGUUAUGUAAAAGGACUUGACCUUGAUGUUAUUGAUCACUAUACUGAGCAAACAACAGACACCAAUCCAAACUAUAAUGUCAGACUUUUAUUUUUCGGGUAGCAGCAACGACAUGAGAGAUGAUAUCAGCGUUUCUUUAAAAUGUCUUCUUGACUUAAAUUGCAGUAAUCUGAACAGUUUUUUCCUCAAAAAGAUGCACUAAAAGACAAGGGACAGACGUAAAGAGAGAGCGAGACUGUGCGUGACAGCGUUGUACAUCACAGAGUCAGCUUUCCAGUGACGUCAUUUUGUCUGAGUCGUGUCUAAGAGAGCAGGUCGUUUCAAAGACAUCCCUCUCACUUCCUCUUCCUCCUUUCAAAAACGUCCCCCUCACUUCUUCCUCCUACUCAUCAUCCUCAUCCUUGCAACGACAACCCCCUCUUUUUCUCCUCAUCUUUGCAGGCAUCUCCCUCUUGUUCUCUUUGCUGUUUCAUGCCGUUUCGUUUCCAUCCCCUUUUCACCUCUUCCUAUCGUUUCAAGCAUGUCCUUCUCUUUUUACCAUCACUUUUCCUCAUGGUUUUUAUUCACUUCACUCUUCUCUCUCAUGUCAUUUCUUUCUUUUCCAUCCAUCUUUUGCUAUACUCAACACCUUCAUCUCCCGGAUCUCUUUUUGCCUCUUCUCCCCUCCCUCUGUCUCUUUCUCUUGUCUAACAUUUUGCUAUCCUUGGCCUGCAGGAAGCGAGUCGGUCAGGCUCCGUCUAAAAAUAGUUACCCUGAAAGGAGAUAAAAAGAGUGAAAAAAAGAACAGCAGAAAAAAGAAAAGGAAAAAGGAGGGGAGGGAGGUAGUAAAGAUGUAGAAAUCGACCCUCCCUCCCUGAGCGCAGAGGUAAACAUUGACUUUGCCUCUGUAGACAGAAACAUCCGCUCCGUCCUCUUCCUUUUCUUUCUUUCCCUGUUAAGUUUUUUUACCUCUUCCUUGCCCUCCUGUCUCAUCUCCUUUGCACAAGCACACAUUCAUCUUUGACUAUUUUUAUACCUCUCCUUAUCCAUCCUUUUGAGUCUCUCUCUUUUUUUGUCUCUUCUGAGCACAAGCAUUAACACAAGAGUUUUUAAAAGCAGGGUUCGGGGCGAGUGCCUACAGCAAAUAAGCAGCACCCCCCUCGACCGGCAGUCAGUUAGGCUAGGCUAACGUUUCCCCUCUGUAACCUACAACCUGGCAACACUUCAGGCAAGCAGAGAUUGUCAAUCAGAAAACCAUUACAGAGCUAAUUUUCUAUUGGACCGAGUAUGGCCUUCAUAGAAAAACAUUAUUUUAUGCAUUAAUAUUGUUGGUCUGGAUGAGGAAGCAUCACAGGUUAUAAAUCCUCAAGGUGAGGGUAUUAUUGGGUAAUGAUACUGUGAUGUCAGAGAACUAAUACGGUGUCCUUGAAUCAUGUUUUUUUUUUUUAAAUAAUUUCUAUUGUAUUUUAUUUAAUGUUUCCUCUUAAGUUUGUGUCGUGAAACAGUCGGUUACAAUAAAAAGUACAAAUGCACUUUAUGAGAUGGACAUGUUACACAUUGCACUUGUAAAUGUCGAAUGUAAAACCUUGAAGAGAAAGAUUUAUUUUUACUAUUGUAAAUAAAUGAGAAGAGAAAGAAAAAAAAUGAAAAAAAAGACUGAGACAAAAGUGGAGAAUAAUUUGCCAAAUAAACUAAGAACAACAAAAGAA